CCAUUACCUGACCAGUGCCAGAGCCGGACUCUCUGCAGGUGCCCAGAGAACUUACCAGCGGUUUCUGCUUUUCACAGGGCAGGUUCCAUCCGUGGCAAGUAGGGAGUGUCUUCUGCCCCAGAGGCAUGGCCCAGAGGCAGAACUAACUGUGCAGGACAGUUGGACAGUCUCUGCUCUCAGGGUGCAGCUCCGGUGGGCCCGAGGGGACAAGAUGUGGCUUGGAGCCCUGCUGACCCUUCUGCUCUGUUCAAGCCUUGAUGGUCAAGAAAACUUUUUCACCAUCAACAGCAUCCGCAUGGAGAGCCUGCCAGACUGGACUGUGCAAAACGGGCAGAACCUGACCCUUCAGUGCAUCGUGGAUGUGAGCACCACUUCACACGUUAAGCCCCAGCACCUGGUGGAGUUCUAUAAAGAUGACGAGCUAAUUUAUAAUGUCUCCUCCAUGGAGAACACAGAGAGCAUUUUUAUUCCUCAAGCCCGGGUCUAUGACUCAGGAAUGUACAAAUGCACUGUGACUCUGAACAGGAAGAAGAAACCCACUCAAGAGUACCAGGUGUCAGUGAGAGGAGUACCCAGUCCCAGGGUGACGUUGGACAAGAGGGAGGCGAUAGAAGGCGGGGUCGUGAUGGUCAAUUGUUCUGUCCCAGAGGAAAAGGCCCCAAUACAUUUCACAGUUGAAAAACUUGAACUAGAUACAAAAAAUGUCAAGCAAAAAAGAGAGAAGACUUCGCGGGACCAGAAUUUUGUGACGCUGGAAUUCCCAGUUGAGGAACAGGACCAUGUUUUAAUAUUCCGAUGUCAAGCUAGGAUCACUUUUGGGAUCCGCACGGAGAUCUCAGAAUCCACCAGGAGUGACCUGGUCACCGUGAGGGAAUCCUUCUCUAGUCCCAAGUUCCAUAUCAGUCCCACAGGAAUGAUCACUGAAGGAGAUCAGCUCCACAUUCAGUGCUUCGUUCAAGUGACCCACCAGCCCUAUGAGUUCCCGGAAAUCAUAAUCCAGAAGGACAAGACGAUUGUAGCAAACAGCAGACACAGCAACGGGGCCGACUACUCAGUCAUGGCCAUGAUGGAACACAAUGGCAACUACACGUGCAAAGUGGAAUCUAGCCGCAUAUCGAAAGUCAUCAGCAUUAUGGUCAACAUCACAGAAUUAUUCUCCAAGCCGAAGCUGGAAACUUCCUCCACACGUCUGGACCAAGGUGAAAGCUUGAACCUGUCAUGCUCCAUCCUAGGAGCGCCUCCAGCCAACUUCACCAUCCGGAAGGGAGACACAAUUGUGUCGCGCUCUCAAAAUUUCACCAAGAUAGCCUCGGGAUGGGACAGCGGGACAUACACCUGCACCGCAGGCAUUGGCAAAGUGGUCAAGAAAAGCAACAUGGUUCGGAUAGAUGUGUGUGAAAUGCUCUCCAAGCCUAGGAUUUCUCUUGAUGCCAGGUCUGAGGUCAUAAAAGGACAGACCAUAGAAGUCAGUUGCCAAUCGAUAAGUGGAACUUCACCUAUUUUUUAUCAGCUUUUAAAAGCAAAUAAAGUUUUGGAGAGUUGUAAUAAGAGCUCAAAUGAUCCUGCAGUAUUCAAAGAUAAUGCAACCAAGGAUGUGGAAUACCAGUGUAUUGCGGAUAAUUGCCAUUCCCAGGCCAAAAUGUUCAGCGAGGUUCUGAGGGUCAAGGUGAUAGCCCCGGUGGAUGAGGUCCAGAUUUCUAUCCUGUUGAGUGAGGUGGUGGAGUCUGGGACGGACAUUGUGCUUCGAUGCUUCGUGAAUGAAGGGUCUGCUCCAAUCACCUAUAGGUUUUACAGAGAAAAGGAGGGCAAACCCUUCCAUCAAGUAACCUUGAAUGACACCCAGGCAUUCUGGCGCAAGCCACAGGCCAGCAAGGACCAGGAAGGACAGUAUUACUGUACGGCCUUCAACAGAGUCAGUCACCCCAAAAGUUUCCCCCAAAGCAGAAAACUGACAGUCAGAGUCGUUCUCGCCUCAUGGAAGAAAGGACUUAUUGCAGUGGUUGUCAUCGGGGUGAUAAUUGCCACCUUGGUAGUUGGGGCCAAAUGCUAUUUGCUGAGGAAGGCCGAGGCCAGGCAGAGGCCAGUGGAGAUGUCCAGGCCAGCAGCACCACUUCUGAACUCCAACAACGAGAAGAUGUUGGAUCCCAGUCCUGAAACCAACAGUCAUUAUGGUUACAAUGAUGAUGUUGGAAACCAUGCAAUGAAACCAGUAAACGAAAAUAAAGAGCCUCUGAACUUGGACGUGGAGUACACAGAAGUGGAAGUGCCCUCAGCUGAGCCUCACAGAGCUCUGGGAACAAAGGGCACAGAAACGUUGUACAGUGAAAUCCGGAAAGCCGACCGUGAUUUCAUGGAAAACAGAUCUUCUAGAACGGAAGGCUCCCUUGAUGGAACUUAGGACAGAUGCGAGGACAGAUGCUCACCCGUGGGAGCAUGUCCGUGUCCAAGAAGAGCAGUUGAUUCCCGUAUUCCAAGAGUUCUGUGCACUUAUUUAUGAACUGGCCGUGCUCCCACCGAACACAGCAAUUUCCCAGGCCAAAACACCAGUCCUUAAAUCCACCCUACUGUGUUAACGUUGGGUAUAAAGAGAUACAGGAGGGAUGCUUAAUUUCCCACGUGGGCCUCCUUCUACCAAAUUGGAUCAUCCUUGCGACUGGGAGAGUGAAAGGAGCUUCAGGGUAAACAGGCCACUGGGAUAUUUGAAAACUUGAAUAUUUUGUCUUGUACAAAGAACUUUUGCAUGCUCCCUCAUACACAGAUGCUGGGUUUUGUUUUGUAGUCAAUCACUUCCGGUAAAUGACCUGGUUUAGGGGCUAGUCUUUUUCUUUUCCUCUGGUCCUUCAAAGGCCUGCAGUUCUGGGUAGUCCUUGUGCUUUGGAAGCACACAGCACUGACCAGAUGGCUUCACUCUGUUGCCUCUAUGACCUCACCUGCCACAGAUGGGAAAACAAGCUGCUUCGGAUCAACUCCUUUGAAAUGCCAACUUGAAGACCAGGUCAUUCGGGCAAUGCACCAAGUAGAAAAUGAAGGCAGAAUAAGCACAGACGUUCUUAAGCUGUUUUUCCAUAUCUUUCUUUUCCUCUUCCAUGCUGAAGGUCCAAAAACAAGACAAUGGCUGCCUACAGCAAAUAUUAUUUUUCAUAGAAAAAUGAAAUGUGUAUUUUUUCUUACUAAUUUUUUUUUUAUUUAUUCCUUACUAAAGAAAUGGUCUCCAGAGGUCUUAAGAUGUUUCUGAGGGUGUCUUGAGUGGGUGGAGGGGGCCUGCAGAAUCUCACAAGUGAGGACACCUCACCCAAAUCACUUUCCCUGUUCACCUCAGUGACACAGCUGCAGGGACCCUGAGGGGUGUUGCAUUAAAUAAAUUUGAUCUUUACUCUUCACAAA